AUGGAACACUUUCAGAAGAUUGAAAAGAUUGGCGAAGGUACGUACGGGGUGGUGUACAAGGGACGCAAUAAAGUCACCGGUGAGAUCGUGGCCAUGAAGAAGAUCCGGCUGGAAACAGAGGACGAGGGUAUACCAUCGACGGCGAUCAGAGAGAUCUCCCUGCUGAAAGAGCUGAAACACCGGAACGUGGUAUCGCUGUUGGAUGUGCUGAUGGAAGAAAACCGCCUGUAUCUGAUCUUCGAGUUUCUGUCGAUGGAUCUGAAGAAGUACAUGGACAGCCUGCCGCCGGAGAAGAUGAUCGAUUCGGAUCUGGUGAAGAGCUACAUGUAUCAGAUAACGGCUGCGAUGCUGUUCUGUCACAAACGGCGCGUUCUGCACCGAGAUCUGAAACCGCAAAACUUGCUCAUCAACAAGGAGGGCGUGAUAAAGGUGGCCGACUUUGGGCUGGGCCGUUCGUUCGGCAUUCCGGUGCGCAACUACACACACGAGAUCGUGACGCUCUGGUACCGGGCACCGGAAGUGUUGCUCGGUUCGCCGCGCUACUCCUGCCCGGUAGAUAUCUGGUCGAUCGGUUGCAUUUUCGCGGAGAUGGCCACCCGGAAGCCACUGUUCCAGGGUGAUUCGGAGAUCGAUCAGCUGUUCCGGAUGUUCCGCAUACUGCGCACACCGACGGAGGAAAUUUGGCCCGGAGUGACCUCGCUGCCGGACUACAAGUCAACGUUCCCGUGCUGGACGCAGAACAAUCUCGCUAGUCAGGUGUCGAACCUGGAUUCGGCUGGUAUCGAUCUGCUGCAAAAGUGCCUUAUCUACGAUCCGAUACUGCGCAUUUCGGCAAAGAAAAUCCUCGAGCACAAGUACUUCGAUGGGUUCGAGCGGUGUAACAUACCGACCGAAUAA